CCUGAUGUUUUACACAGCUGAGAGAGGACGUAGUGAAAACGAAUUGAACAGCCAGUCUCUACUGAUCGGGCGGAGUGACACCGCUUCUUUUGUUCCAUAUCCGGUUGACGCUAAACUUAAUUCAAAUAUACCUAAACAAUGCCGUUACAAAAAUGUUCAGACAUUGAAGUCUCGUAUGGGAUGAAUGGGAUGGGGAUGGACUAUUGCGGCUCCUAUCUGAAGAGGAAGAGGCACUACAGUGAGCAGUCCUCCCCAGGCUGCAGUCUGGAGUACACAGACCUGGAGGCUGCAGAGGCUCUGGUCUGCAUGAGCUCUUGGGGCCAACACCGCCCCAACCCCUGCAAACCCAGACCCCUUACCCCCGCCUCGGACUCCUGCGACUCCCUUUUGCCUCCGGACCCACCGGAGACCCCCAAAGACUUUGUCUCGCUCUCCUCCCUGUGUAUGACACCUCCUCACAGCCCCAGCUUUGCUGAAACCUCCACCAGCGCUGCCAUCCACACAAGCACCUCUCCUCUGAGCCGGCCCAGCUCCAGCCUUUCUGUAAGGGUCUGUGGGGUCCCACGACCGCCCAUGGCCUCUAUUGCUGAGUCCCCAAACACUGGAAAGACCCCAACACCGGCACCGUGCCGAGCAAUGGUAACCAGCGUCAUCCGCCACACCGCAGACACACAGCCCUGCGAGCAAAUUCCAGCACACCCCACCGAGCAACAGAGGAUCUCAGAGCUGGUGGUCCAUCAACAGCACACAGUAAAGCCUGAACAGAGCAGCAAACCUCCCUUCACACCCAACCUCGCCCUCAUCUCUUCCUGUAGGGAACAGCCAGUCAAGACUGAGAAGGAAGAGCCACAGGCUAUCCACUGUAAGGAGAGCCCCUCCCCUCCUCCCGCUAACACCCAAUCACAAAACAGCCUGCCCACACGCCUCUCCCCGCCCCCCACCUCCAUUCCUCCAAUCAUCUGCCAGAUGUUCCCGGUGACCAGCCAAUCAGGGAUGAUCUCAGCGUUCAUCCAGGGCCCGAUGCAGACAUCUAGGACCCCCACAUCCAUCCUGCCCCAGUCUGGCCCUCUAGGGGCCCUCCAGCAGCCCUUCCUCAUGGGCCAGGCUAUGCCCCAGGGCACGGUGAUGCUGGUUCUCCCCCAGUCCCACAUGUCUCAGGCACCCCACUGCUCCCCACAGACUGUCAUGACCCUGGGCCACACCAAGCUGCUACCUCUGGCCCCCGCCCCGGUCUACGUGCCCGCCGGACCCUGCAGUGCCACAAAGAUGGACUUCUCCCGCCGGAGGAACUACGUGUGCAACUUCCCCGGCUGCAGGAAGACUUACUUCAAGAGCUCCCACCUCAAGGCACACCUCCGAACACACACAGGUGAGAAGCCCUUCAGUUGCAGUUGGGAGGGCUGCGACAAGAAGUUUGCGCGCUCCGACGAGCUCUCGCGUCAUCGGCGGACCCACACGGGCGAGAAGAAGUUUGUGUGUCCCGUGUGCGAACGGCGCUUUAUGCGUAGCGACCACCUGACCAAACAUGCCCGCCGUCACAUGACCAGCAAGAAGACCCCCUCCUGGCAGGCCGAGGUGCGCAGCCCCAACAAAAUGUCCUGUCCCAAGCCUCUGCCGUCAAACCCUGCCUCACUCUCCCUCAGUAUGCGGGUACCUGCCUUAAACUAGACUCUGCCCAACACUACCCACUAGUGACUUCUUACCCCAAACCCCCAAACCAUGACAUGGAUAUGGGGGGCAGCCAAGCACACAAGGCUGCCAUUUUACUCAUGGAGAAUGUCUGAAGACAUGCACUGGACUCUGUAUUUUUUUUUAUUUUACUGCUCAUUUGUACAUUUUUGUUUUGCAAAAGGCAUUGUUUUGUUUACUUUUCAGAUAUUUUACACAAUUGUAUGUAUGUACGCACUCUUUUGCCAAAGCCUUUGUAAUGAAGUUUGUCUUCUACAUUUCACCUGUCUUCUUUGUAUGUAUAUUUGUACAUAAUAUCUAUGUGAUUGUGUUGUAUUUCAAACUACAUUUGUUAAUUUGGGAAAAUGACUUAAUUGUGUAAAAAAAUCUAUGUGGAUAGUAAUCUAUACUGUGAUAAUUACUUACUGACUUUUCAUAUUAUUUAAUACACAUUUGUAAUAAAGACAUAUUAUUAACUGA